AUGAAGCUGUUGAUGGUCCUCAUGCUGGCGGCCCUCCCACUGCUCUGCUAUGCAGGUUCUGGCUGCCAACUGCUGGAGGAUGUGGUUGCAAAGACCCUGGAUCCCGAAGUGUCUGUACCAGAAUUCCAGCAAUAUGUGCAAAAGUUCACAGACAGUGAAGCUGCUGAAAAUGCUGUAGGCGAACUCAAACAGUGUUUCCUCAACCAGUCAAACGAAACUCUGCAGAAUUUUGAUUUAAUGAUGGCUCUAGGUUCCGAGGUGGGGUCCUGCUCAGAGGCCCUGCUUUCAUUCCAGUCCUCUUCCGUGUACUGA